AUGGCAAAGCUCAUGAAUCGCUCCGUUGCUCUAGGAGUCAUGAUUCAGCUGCUCCUACUUGCACUGCUGGGAACACUAUCGGUGCUGCUGGCAUCGAGCGUCGUCCUGGCAGCUGCAGGCCAACAACAGGGGCCCUCCGCCGCCACCCUCGGCAGUUGCCCGACGAGCUGCGGCAACCUAACCUUCGACUACCCCUUCGGCAUCGGUGCUGGUUGCUUCCGGAACCUAGACUUCGAGCUCAUCUGCAACAACUCUGUUCCUGUUCGACCCCCUGUGCUUUCUUUACGCGAUGGCAUCAGCCGGGUGACCUAUAAUAUCGUCACUGCCUAUGCCGGGGCUCGCUACGACUACCGUGGUGAAAUUGGUAUCGCCCUAACUUACACCAUCCCUAUUACAAGUGGUGUUGAUGUCUACAACAUUUCGUGGACUUCUCCUGGGAAAUCCUUCGCUCUUUCUUACGCAAGGUUUAAUGUCACUGGUUGCGGAUUUGAUGUGUACCUUGAUGAUAGGGAUACUAACACAAUGGUGCGCCGCUGCACGCUUACAUGUCCUGAGCAAAUCACGGAGGCGGUGGCCAGGCAAAACUGCAAUGGUACUGGAUGCUGCACCGUGAAUUUGGAGGCAAAUAUUCGAGCCUUUGGGCUCAACUUCGUACGACACAACCAGAGCAGUGUCGUUCAUCAGGUGCAGCCUAAUCGGAGCUCUUUAUGGGAUUACAUAAACGCAACUACACUUUAUGCCGACCUCAGUUGGAACAUCAUCGAUCAACCAAGCUGCGCCAGCGCCAAAGAAAACAAUAUUACCAACUAUGCUUGUGUUGCAAAUAACAGCCGGUGUAUUGACAGCGAAGAAUCAUUGGAUUUCGGGUAUUCUUGCCGGUGCAAUCCUGGUUACAUUGGAAAUCCUUACAUUCAUAAUGGCUGCUCCAAGGACACAGGUAUAUCAUCUCUAUAA